AUGAGCACCCGUCUCAUAAUCCCCGCUAACUUUUCCUACGAUGAUCCUCUGCCAUUCACUUGUAACGAAGAUUCGCAUGUGAUGCUUUCCGUAUUGGAGUAUUUGGUUCAGGCGACUUAUCUGUCUCUCAGUGUCGUUUUGAAUUCUAUGAUAGUUUAUACGAUAUUCAGGUUUAAGGGAAACCAUUCGUAUCGGGGGAACCCGUUUUUUGUGUUGUACGCUGCGGAGGCAGUCAUGAAGUCCUUUUCGGCCGUCUCAUCAUCUACAUGACCCCCCUCUGCCCGGUCCUGAGCCCCUUCUUCUUCACCCCCUCGAUCCUGACCAAACUCUACUUCCUCCUAAACCAUUACUGCCUGGCGUUCAAAACCUUGUCUCAAAUCGCGAUCAGCUUCAAUCGAAUGACCUGUGUCAUAUUCCCUGUGCAGCAUUUCAAGCUUUGGCAGAACAUUUUAGCUCCGGUGCUUGUCAGUCUCUUCGUACUUCCUCUAGGCGUCACCUGGAAUAUUUUGGUGUCGAGGGUGUAUAUUAACCCAAAUGGUGCGGGGUUUUCAGUCAAUUACCGGGAUGCGGUGGCAUGGGCGAACAUUUCAUUUUUGCAUCUUUUUCAUUGCAUCCCGUGUCUUUUGCUGGUGAUCGUGUUCUUUUUGGCAUCGAUUUUUGGGUUAACGAUGCUGGAAAAUCGGCUGAGGAGUGCUGAGAGAUCGCUGAUCAUUUUUACAAUGACGCUUGGUGUGGAGACUAUGCUGUUCGCCAUUGCUCAGAUCUAUUUCGCAUUUCUUGCUGGCUACCUACCUGGGAUCCGUCCUUUGAUGCUUGUUAUCUCAUUCAACGUGUUCGACGUCCUCUACGUUUACAGCCCCAUCGCAUUGAUCCUGAUGAAUCGGCAACUCCGAAGGGAUAUUUUCCAUCUGAAAGGUGACGAUCCUGGAUUCCUCUCCGCAUCUACUCAUAAACCUGCAGCUCGUGUGAUGGCCCCUGUCAUGCAUUGAUGUCAUGGUGCAUCGUUAAAACAACGCUGUCGAAGGGAUCGCGACCGUUGGUCGGAUCUGCAAGCAGUUUCUUGUCAAGGAAUCGAGGAUUCCUUUGAAGAGGAAACUGGAAAUUUCGAUGCGAUUUAAGCUGGAAACUUUGAAAAUAAAAUGUUUAACGGAAAUCGAAGGAUCCACAGCGUAAUU